AUGAAUCUAAGAUAAUUUAUUUAGAAAUCAUAAGCCUUAAAACUUUAUAGAGAAUAUAUAAAGAUAGCACCAAAUCAUGUUAGAGAUGAAUGGAUAUAGGAAGUUAGAACAUAAUUUGAGGAAAAUAGAUAUGCAGAUGAUAAAUUAGCAUAAACACUUAUAGCUGCAGGAUUUCAAUAAUUAAAAAAGGUGAAGAAAUGGAAUUGAUGACAAAUACAC